UUGGGUCAGAUUCGCUUCAUCCUGAUCCAGAACCGGGCGGGCAAGACGCGCCUGGCCAAGUGGUACAUGCAGUUCGACGAUGACGAGAAGCAGAAGCUGAUCGAGGAGGUUCACGCCGUGGUCACCGUCAGGGACGCCAAGCACACCAACUUCGUCGAGUUCCGCAAUUUCAAGAUCAUUUACCGUCGCUACGCCGGCCUCUAUUUCUGCAUCUGCGUCGACGUCACCGACAACAACCUGGCCUACCUGGAGGCCAUCCACAACUUCGUCGAGGUGCUCAAUGAGUAUUUCCACAACGUCUGCGAGCUUGACCUCGUCUUCAACUUCUACAAGGUGUACACGGUGGUGGAUGAGAUGUUCCUGGCCGGGGAGAUUCGCGAGACGAGCCAGACCAAGGUGCUGAAGCAGCUCCUGAUGCUGCAAUCCCUGGAAUGACCCAAAAAUUCCCAAAAAAUUCCCAAAAUUCCUCAAAAUUCCUCCCCCAACUCUCGGUGUUAUCGUGCUGUGGAAAAAAUGUGAAUUUUUGUGUGUUAAAAGUGACCAAAAAUGGGAAUAAAUGGGAUAAAAAUGA